AUGCGAAAUCGCUCGUCGCCGUCAGACUCUGAGGCAGACUAUGGCCAGCUGGGACACGCUGAGGUGGUGGUGAUGACCGUGCCUCAAGAUGACAUGGGAAGCAUUGCUGGCAGAUUUUUUCAAGCCUGCCCCGGCGGAUUAAGACGAGAUGUCCAAGAUGUGGGUGGCGAGUACAGAUCGGUUAUCGGGCUCCCUGGCGGCAUCGAGUCCCCACUAAUGGCACAAGUUCGAGCUGAAGCUGGAAAGACAAAGCUUGUGGCUGGAAGAGGAGACGAUGGCGACACACUCGGCACUGGCACCGUGCUGGUGUAUGACACGGCGCAGUUUCCGGCCCAUGUAGCUGAGAAGUACCACCAGUUCCAUGACGACAUGCUUGACAAGUAUGGGUUGGACCCCAUGGGUGGCAUUGUCAUGACCAAUGAUGGCAAUGCCAUUUUGCGAGAGGUAGACGUUUCGCACCCGGCAGCCAAGAACAUGAUCGAGCUGAGCCGAGCGCAAGACGAAGAAGUUGGUGAUGGCACCACCUCAGUCAUCAUUCUGGCUGGGGAGCUUUUGGGAGUGGCAGAGCCACUCAUUGAAAAGAAGUUGCACCCAACUCUCAUUGUGUCAGGCUACAUGAAGGCACUGGAAGAUGCGCAGACCUUGCUGAAGGAACUUGCGUGCGCCACUCAAUGCUCCACGCAAGUGGUUCACAUGAAGUUUCUGUUCGUGGCCACCCUCGCACGGCUUUUCCCGAGGUACCCAGUGGACCUCGAGCAUCCGGAGGUCCUUCCGCUGUUUGGCACCUUGAUCUCGGACCUAGCCAUCAAGGCUGUCAAGACAGUUUGCAUCGUCAAGCCUGAUGGCCGCAAGGAAAUCGAUGUCAAGCGCUUCGCAAAAGUUGAGAAGAUUCAGGGCGGCGAGCUCACAGACUGUCAGGUGCUUGAUGGAGUUAUGUUCAACAAGGACAUCACUCAUCCUCGAAUGCGACGUGAAAUCAGAAAUCCACGAGUCGUGCUGCUAGACUGUCCGCUUGAGUACAAGAAGGGCGAGAGUCAAACAAAUGUGGAAAUCACGAAGGAAUCAGAUUGGGAGAAGCUGCUGCAACAAGAGGAGGAAGAGAUGCGGAGAGUUUGCGAUGACAUCCUCAAGGUCAAGCCCGACCUUGUCAUCACGGAGAAGGGGGUUUCCGAUCUGGCGCAGCACUUUCUCAUGAAGGGAGGGGUAUCCGUGAUUCGGCGAAUCCGCAAGACGGACAACCUUCGAAUCGCCAGAGUCACUGGAGCGCACAUCUGCAACCGAACAGAGGAGUUGCAGGACUCUAUGGUUGGGACAAAGUGUGGACGCUUCAAGGUCAACAAAGUUGGGGAAGAGUACUUCACUUACCUGACAGAGUGCCAGGAUCCCAAAGCCUGUUCAAUUGUCUUGCGGGGAGCCACGAGGGACGUCCUCAAUGAAAUUGAGAGGAACCUCCAGGAUGCUUUUGCCGUGGCUCGAAACAUCAUCCUUGAACCGUUGCUUCUGCCGGGCGGCGGUGCGGUAGAGAUGGAAUUAGCAGCGAGACUGUCGGAGAAAUCGAAGAGCAUCGAGGGCAGCCGCCAGUAUGCUUACAAAGCGGUUGGUGAAGCCCUGGAAGUGAUCCCGCGCAGUUUGGCACACAACUGCGGUGCUGAUGUGGUGCGGGCAAUGACAGACCUGCGCGCCCGGCACGCUGCAACAGGAAAUGCUCACAUCGGCAUAGACGGCAAGACUGGCAAGGUUGCUGACGUGAAGGUUCUCAGCAUCUUUGAUACAUUUGCCGUCAAGCAGCAGACGCUCAGGACGUCUAUUGAAGCAGCUGCGAUGCUGCUCCGUAUCGACGACAUCAUCUCCGGCAUCAGCAAGAAGAAGCGGGAUGACAAGCCAUCGGCUGUCAUGGGUGCUGAUGACGAAACCUUUGGUGAUUCGCGCGACGGCUGA